AUGGCAGCCACACAUUCUUGUAAAGAAGUUGUUUUCUUUAGGCGUUUGAGUACAAAUGUUGGUUUUGAUGCAGGGCAAGUUGAAGUGCAAAGUGAUAGUCAGAGUGUUAUAUGUUUAGUGAAGAAUCCUACAUACCAUGCCAAGUCUAAACACAUAGAUGUACAAUUCCAUUUUGUGCAUGACAUGGUAGAAGAUGGAAAGGUUAUUCUAAACAAGGUAGACACUCAGGAAAAUGUUGUGGAUGCAUCAACAAAACCAGUAGCACUCACAAGUUCAGGAAAGGAAAUUUUGGAAGAGGGACCUCCACAAGGUUCUCCUCAACAGGAUCCUCAAAAGGGUGCAAAGCCUACUAUAGAGGUGAAGAGAAGAAUUGAGAAGGGGAAGGCAAAGAUAUCAGAUUUUGCAAAUGUAAUUGAAGGAGAAAUGGACUCAAGUGUGCCACCACCCUCUCCUCCUCAUGAAGCAUUCAAAGAUGAUGAGGUAGCUGAAGUUUUGUUGGAUUUAGAUAGGGAAAUUAUCCCUAGUGUUAUCCCUGAGAAUGAGGUUACUGAUAAGAAUGAUAGCCUCUAG